AUCGAGGGCAAGAUGGCGUCCGGUCAAUAGACGAAUAGCAGGGAGGCCGGAGGCGCUCUCGAGGUUCGUGGGUGUUCUCAGCCCGGAGCUGGAGAGCCUUUGAGGCCGUGUACAUAGAAUCGAAGUUCCAUUUUCCUCUCCUGAAUCGCAGGAAAAUCCGUGAAACUCGCGUGUGCCGAAAGGGAAAAUGUUCCGCGAGGGAGUGCGCGUUACGUACGCGUCGCCCUGAGAGUGCGUGCCGUGUUUCUCGAACUCGAAAGAUGCUGGCGUGCAAAGCGACGACAAAGGAGGCGCGUUCGCGAAACUGUCAGGAAGAUCGUCGUCGUGGUCGUCGUACGUGAGUCAGUGUACCCGUUGGAUCGAAAGAAGGCACGCACACGUACAAAAUGGCUUCGGGCGACAAUGUGGACGUGAUCGAGGUGGUCGAGACAAGCUUCACGGGCCCGGCACAGGCCACCGAGGAUCACCUCAGGCCGGAACAGGCCACGGAUGAGGACAAUAAAUCUACAGGGGAUAAGGUGACAGCGUUUGACGGUUCAGCAAUACAACAUGGCAUCGGUGGACCGAAAACCCCUGCGGGGGUAUCGAGGAACAAGUCAGAACGAGAGAGAAAGAUUGGACACAGGAGAGUUGGAGUGGGAGGUGAAAUCACGUACAAAAAGAUCCAAACGACACAAAUCAUGGGAUCCAUACAAUUGGGCAUACAGCAUGCAGUCGGUGGUUUAGCGAGUAAACCCGAGCGUGACUUGUUGAUGCAAGACUUCAUGACCGUAGAGACGACGAAUUUUCCGAGCGAGGGAUCCAAUCACACUCCUGCUCAUCAUUUCUCCGAGUUUAAGUUCAAAAAUUACGCACCCAUUGCAUUUCGUUACUUCCGAGAUCUCUUUGGCAUUCAACCAGACGACUUUUUAAUGUCGAUGUGUAGUGCUCCGUUACGCGAAUUAUCGAACCCCGGCGCUAGUGGAAGUAUCUUUUACCUAACAGAUGAUGAUGAGUUUAUCAUAAAGACUGUGCAACACAAAGAAGGAGAAUUUUUGCAGACGCUUCUUCCAGGAUAUUAUAUGAAUUUAAAUCAAAAUCCAAGGACGUUAUUGCCAAAGUUCUUCGGGUUAUAUUGCUAUCGGUGUAAUAGUAAAAAUGUUAGAUUAGUCGCUAUGAAUAAUCUCCUGCCGUCGUCGGUGAAACUCCAUCAAAAGUACGAUUUAAAAGGAUCGACGUAUAAAAGAAAGGCAUCGAAGUCAGAACGGUCCAAGUCGUCUCCGACGUACAAAGAUUUGGAUUUCAUGGAACACCAUCCGGAAGGGAUCUUUUUGGAAGCGGACACGUAUAACGCGUUAGUGAAAACCAUACAAAGAGAUUGUCGCGUACUGGAAAGUUUCAAGAUUAUGGACUACUCGUUACUCGUUGGUAUUCACAACCUUGAUCAGGCUGCGAGAGAUAAAGCGGAACAGAGAUUAUCAGCGAGCGCGGAAGAAGAAGUUGGCGAAGUUGGAGGUGAGAGUGCAGGAUUCACUCAGGCUGAAAGAGAGCGGGAAAGGGACGACAGAAUAGGAGCCAGUGCUUUGAAUCGAUCACGAAGCAUAAACCGACAAAGGUUGGUCGCGCACAGUACCGCUAUGGAGAGUAUUCAGGCUGAAAGCGAGCCGAUAGACGAGGAGGACGAUGUACCUCCAGGUGGCAUUCCUGCUCGCAACGCUCGCGGUGAACGCCUGUUACUCUUCCUUGGUAUCAUUGACAUUUUGCAAAGUUACAGGCUCAAGAAAAAACUCGAGCACACUUGGAAAUCAAUGAUACACGAUGGUGACACUGUAUCAGUGCAUCGGCCAGGUUUUUACGCGCAGCGUUUUCAAGAUUUCAUGGCUAAGACAGUAUUCAAGAAGAUACCGUCACUGGACCUGCCUGAGAUUAAGGGGAAUCAUCGCAAAUUCCGUAACCUCGUCACCAGCUACAUAGCGUUGAAACAUUCCCCGUCGAAGAGGAAAAGCAUAACCAGGCCACUUAGGCCUCUGGAUGGAGACUUCGAUUCAACCGCGGUGCCGACAACCGGAACUUCGACAAUGCAUGCUACGUCACCCACGAAGGCUGUGAGCCCGACAGACCCUGCGAUCAGCACGAGCAGCACGGUGAUGUCGACGAGUUCCGCGCCGAUCGCCACCUCGACCCCGGUAAACUUCGCCGCUGGCCCGGUGAGCCCACCUCCGUUGACCUUGGAGCACCGUGGUCCCGGAACAACGGCCACACUCUCGACGACCUCGAUCGCAUCCAGCCGAGGUGACGAAGCAGCCAUAAUCACGAGAUACCGCUUGCAUGACAGUUCGAGCAUCCUGCACCACCCUCCUUCUUCACCCGAUUACAUUUCUACUUCUGCCGCGCUACGACGGCCUACUAACUCUGCCUCUACUACCUCUGUCUUCUCCGUCGCUGCGACUACCUCGUUCACCGCGAACGCUAUCACCGCUAACCGUCACUCUGACUCUAACUUUAACAUCACCACCCACCGUACAUCCACCGCUGACAACACCGGCGCGUUGCAUGCCUCUACGUCGACCCCUGCCCACCUGCCGCCGCGAUACGACCCGUCGAUGCUCGAUCGAUCCAGGAUCCCCAGAGCCUUCGACAACAUCCGCGAGGAGCGAACGAAUCGUUGGGACGAUUGGUCGGACGUGUUCGACGACGAAGAGGAGUUCGUCAGCGUGGAGAAGGUGAACGGCUCCUAUGUGAUCAGAACUAGUCCGUACCCCUUCAGACCCGAACGGGGCAACUUCAUGCACCCUAGGGCCAGAGUCUAUCCAGAUACCCCGGUCGUGGAGGAACAGAAUCCGAGGGCACAGCAUUUGGCUAAGUUCACGUACUUCCUGAACCCACAGUCCAGACCCGAGUUGAUGAACUAUAAAAUGUCUAGGAAGGACAAGAAACACUCGGAGACUUAUUACGAGAGGAUGAAGAGGAAACAGAAGGAACUGGAGGCCUCGAUUAAUACGAUCACCGCGUUGACUAGGAAGUCGGAACCCGAGCGCGAGAGGAAGCUUGCAGAUGAUAGGAAGAAGUUCGAAGGCUCUAGGGCGGAGAAAGCGAUUGAGAAACAGGAAACAAGGAAGAUUGAUGUGCUGAAGCUUGUGGAGAAUAGGAGAGAUAGUCGAUUGUUGAGGAAGAUCAAGGAAAAGAGCGCUCAGAGGAGGAAGAAGCUGGCUCCUGAACCUUCGAAAGUGCACACGCUUGGGGCACUUAAGAAAGUGGACGAUUAUAAACUUAGGAAAAUUGAUGAUAAGAUUCAGAAGAAAUUUGAUGAUGAAGUUCAGAAGAAAUUUGAUGAUAAGAUUCAGAAGGAAGUUGAUAAGAUUGUGAAAAAAGCUGAUGAGAAGAUUGUGAAAAAAGUUGAUGAGAAGAUUGUGAAAAAGAUUGAUGAGAAGAUUGUGAAAAAGGUUGAUGAUAAUGUUCUGAGAAAAGUUGAUGACAAGACACAGAAAAAUGUUGAUGACAACGUUCUGAGAAAAGUUGAUAACAACGUUCUGAGAAAAGUUGAUGACAAGAUUCUGAAAAAAGUUGAUGACAAGAUUCUAAAAAAGACUGAUGAUAAAAUGCAAGAAAGGGUUGAUGAUAAAAUUCUGAAAAAGACUGAUGACACUCAGAAGAAGGUUGAUGAUAAGGUUCGACAAAAGAGUGAUGACAAGCUUCUCAAAAAGGUUGAUGAUUCCAAAAAAAUGGAGAAAUUAUUUUCAUCUUCAGGGCCCAAUAUAAAAAGUGAACGUCUAACAAAGUCCACAAGUGACGUAAGAACCCAAGAAAACACAGAUCACCAGGUUCUCAAAACUGAUAAAAGACUCUUCCUAGUUACCAAAGUUGAUGAAAAGAGCACAACAAAGAGUAAGAGCGUUGAAGUGGUUUAUUCUUCCAAAACAGAAGUCGAUUCAAAGAAGAACGAUGAUAAAUCCGCAUCGUCAAAAUCUAUUGACGAAGUACUUAAAAAUCGUGCAAAAUUGAACUCGGAAUUUCUGGAGCAGAUAAAGAAAAAUAAAUCUAAAAUGUUGAAACCUGUGAAUGACAAAUUGAAGGGAGACCUUCGGAAAACUUCUUCCAGUGAUUCUGUAGCGAACUCGUCGUUCUUGCAUGGCUACAGAAAAUCUCCUGAAAGAUUUUGUGGCACCCUUCCUUCCACUUGUUCCACCCCGCCCCCGCCCUUUGACGAUGCAGUGCGCUCAAACGACCAAACUCUGGCUUCCGGUGGUCAACUUCAACAUGGUGCAACGACCACAAUCUUAACGAGCAGUCUGAGCAGCGCUCAAUCCAAGCAGAACAAGGUCGUUCACCACGUCACUCUCACAAAAACUUAUCACGACGCUGUAAGCAUAUCCGACGUGCACUUAGAGAGCAGCGGCAGCGGAAGCGGCAGUGGCGGAAGGGAAACGAAGUCGUCGUUGAGCGUGGAAAGCGGUGGAAGCAGUCGAGGAGGUGGUGGUCUGACAUGGACACCUCCUGCAGGCAGUGCAGAAGGCUCGACACCGACCUGGACAGAGGGAACCCCGUCCUUUACCGAAAGCUCCAGCAGCGGUGACGCAGGUUGCCCGACGACACCGAUCAGGGGUAGUCAGCGUCAGGACGACGGAGGGAGGAUUGCAGCCACCGUCGAAGAGGCGUUAGCCAGUCUCACUACCGAAAUGAGACGAACGAACGGCAACGCGAAGGAUCUGGAACAGAGAUCUUCCCUUUCGAUGUACACUCAAGUGAGAACGAGUUUCAAACGCGCCAGUAUGACCCGCAUUUCGAUCUUGAGGAACAUGCAAAGGGUGUUAAGCAUCCAACGCCGGGAGCUGUGAGAAGAUCCAAAGAAUCGGUGAAACUUCGAAACGUGUUUACUACACGUGCAGUAUCGUAUAACACAAAUAGGUAAAGACAAUUUUAGGGUUAUGAUCAGAAACGUAAUAGACUCGUUAUAUCCUCGUCGUUGGGGCUGUAGAGCGUAGAGUUCUUGGAAUUGACCAAACCAUGAUUGUAGAUGCACUUGUAGAAUUACAACACGAAUUUUAAUUACAAAUUCGAUUACUCGGUCACGUAAUUCAGGUCUAUUCGAUCACGUAACUCAGAUAUGUCACGUAAUUCAGAUUAUGCAUUACAAUUCAUAAUUGUAUUCGUAAUCGUAUUGUAGUGCAAUUCGUAGCAUUGCAUACACUGUGGUGUAAACAGGCAAUUGAAUCAGAGUUAUGAAUUACUGAAGAGUUGAUAUUGAAUCUUUUUAAUUAAAUUCGUCAGCAGUGUUAUACGAUACAUCCACAUCAGGAUCGACAAGGAGAUCUGUGAUCGCGUGAGAGCACUUAUUUUAAUAUUUUCAAGAAAAUCCUCGAUCGUUGUACAUCGAAAUGUAUAAAUAAUUUCGAUCUUAAUCCUCUCGUGACUGUAGAUCAGCCUUGCGUCUAAGUGUCUACUUAACUGCGUUAAGUCAUUUAACUGACUUAAAUUCGUUUUCGUUGUAUCGUUUCGUUGAAGUCCGAAGGGAAAAGGCUUGCGAAGGAUUCACGAAAAGCAAUAUGUGUACACCUUCUCGUGUAAUUUUGUAAUCUAAAAGUCGAACUUGACGGGACGAGAGAUGGCGAAUUCGAACAUUCACGAGCUUUUUUCUGAAUCGUCGUAGGUGUUAAGAAAAAUUGUUCGAAUAUCUCUGUCGCGAGAAAACAGGUCGAAGAAAUCGGUUCGUAAAAUUGCGAGCUAAAAGUGUAUACUCAACAGUAUUCUGUACAAUUUCUCGCAGGAUUAAGUUUCGAAAUUGUUAUCAGUGCCAUUGGAAACUUAUGAAAUAUACAUGGAAAUGCGCUGCAAGAUUUAUUGCGAAAAUUAACCCUUUAAUUCAUUUCUCUACGAGAAGUCUUUAAAACAAUUCCACUACGAUAAAAUUAUUUCUUUUUAUAAAAGUGACUUUAGGUGUACUAUUAAAGGGUUAAAAGAGAUGGAUCGGUUGUCCCAAGAAAAGUGUAGCAUCUGUGACUAUUUUUAAUUGCUUACUCGAAAUGUCUAUUCUAGCUUCACUCCCUCAGGAUGCAACCGUUCCAUUUCUGUAUACACGGAAAUACACAUCCAUUGAAAUACAAACAAUUGUACGAAACCUGUCAACUUUCGGGCGAUACUAUUCUGAUUAUCAUUAUCACUAUCACCAUGAUAUUAUUUAAAUAAAGCAGUUACUAUUAUUCUUA